AUGUUAGAAAUCCUUAAAAGCAUCGUUUACGGUGGUUUAAAUGAAGCAAUUGCAAGCUUAAGUAUUGUGGCAUCUGCAGCUAGUACUGAUACUGCCACAUUGAACAUUUUCGUUUUGGCACUGGCAAACUUGCUGGGUGGUCUUUUCGUCAUCGGACACAAUCUCUGGGACCUGAAAGCUAAUCAAGUAGACAGCAAAUACAAAGAAGUACUAGGGAACAAAGAUAAUUUCUUUUUUCAUGCCCCGGUUGCCAUACUCUCGUUCCUCAUUUUCGGGUUAGUACCUCCUUUGGUUUAUGGCUUCUCGUUCUCUCAUAGCGACGACAGCGACCUAAAGAUUGCAGCAGUUGCAUCAUCUUCUAUUUUAUGCAUCAUACUUCUCGCAAUUGGAAAGGCUUACAUCCAGACGCCACCAAAGUACAUCAAAAAUGUGUUGUACUAUAUCGUCAUAGGGGUUGGCGCUGCCGGUGUUUCUUACUUGGUAGGUGACUUAAUUGACAAACUUGUAGAGAAGCUUGGCUGGUUCAACUCAACUGUAGAUGGCUCUCUGCCUCUUCCUCAUCUGACUAUGAGUACAGUGAAACCUGCAUGGGAAUCCUGGUGA